AUGGCAUCUUCUCUCUCUGGGAGCAUCACAAUCUCUGGUUCUCGGGCAACCCGGGGCUUAGUUCUACCGCUGAGGACGUCCAAGUCCAGGGCGCGGAGAGAGAGCCUUGUCCAGCUUCGCCGUCAUUCUUCAACUUCUACUGCCAUCGAGGCUACCCGAGCAGCUGCGCCUGCUCGAGGCACAGAAUCCCCCCUCUCAGAGCUUCCUUCUACCGUCUUGUGGCGAUCACUUCUCAUCAACGCUGUAUCAUCAAGACCAUGGCUUCUUCUGCCAUCCCUCACCCUCCUCCUCAAGCUCUCUCGCCCGGGAAACCCUUUCCUGUUCAAUGUCGACCGCAACCCCUUCCUCCGCUCCAUUCUCAAGCAGACAUUUUACAAGCAGUUCUGCGCCGGCGAGACAGGAGUCGAGACGCAGGACACGAUGAAGCAGUUGCAGGAUAUGGGAUUCCGUGGCACAAUCCUCACAUACGCCAAGGAGACCGUUUUCGAUCACCACACAAACGAGCAGCUCGGUCUUGGUGUUGAUGCGUCGUGCAAGGGUGAGGCCCAGUGGAAUGAGAGCAUUGAGGCGUGGCGCGCCGGAACAGUGAAGACUGUUGAGCUGCUCCGGGAGGGCGAUCAAUUAGCUGUCAAGCUUACUGGUGCAGGUCCUUCUGUCUGCGAAGCGUUUGCCAAUGGCACUCCCCUCCCUCAGCAAUUCCUCGACGCCCUCGACGAAAUCUCCCAAAAGUGCAAAGACCGAGGUGCCUACAUUCUGGUCGAUGCCGAAUCUCAGCACUACCAAUGGGGAAUCUUCAACGUGGGCAUGGAUCUCCAGCGCAAGUUCAACCGCGACGGACAAGCUGUUCUCUACAACACAUACCAGGCCUACCUCAAGAGCACCUCCGAGACUCUCUCCAAGCAUCUCGCCUGUGCUCUUGAGGAGGGCUUCACCCUCGGUGUCAAGGUCGUACGCGGCGCUUACAUGGCGUCUGACCCCCGGCAUCUGAUCCACGACACCAAGCAAGACACGGACAACGCCUACAACAAGAUCGCACAGGGGGUGCUCAGACAAGAGUUUGGUGGAUUCGGCGGCAGCAAUGCCAAGCCUUUCCCCUCCGCCAUGCUCCUCCUGGCCAGUCACAACAAGGAGAGCCUGGUGGCAGCGCACGAACUGCACCAGCAGCGGACCAAGGCGCAGCUCCCGACGGUGCCCGUCAAGUUCGCGCAGCUGCACGGCAUGUCGGACGAGGUUAGCUUCAGCCUGCUCAAGCUCAAGGACGACGCAGGGGUGGCCCCCGAGGUGUACAAGUGCUCCACCUGGGGCACCUUGGCCGAGUGCAUGGCGUAUCUGACGCGGCGAGGUAUGGAGAACCGGGAUGCGGCCUCGCGGACCCACGAUGAGUACAGCGCCUUGAAGACGGAGGCCUGGAGGAGAUUGGCUUUCUGGAGAUGA